UCCAGCACCAGCAGCUCCCGCUGCCACAGCCUCAGCUCCAGCACCAGCAGCUCCCGCUGCCACAGCCUCAGCUCCAGCACCAGCAGUGCCUGCCACCCAUGUGGUACCCACUGCCCCUGACCCGGUACCUGCUCCCAGAACUUUGUACACCCCCAAGCCUACUCCCAAAUCAAUGUUUGGUCCCAAGCCCCGUUAUUCCCGGCCUGCUCCGAGGCCUCCUGUCUUUGCCCCCAGAACUGUGCCCAGGCUGGCUCCUUGGACUUCCCUACAGACUUUUGCCAGUCCUGGGCACCCACCAAUGUUUGUUCCCAUGUCUCUCCCUGUCCUGGUCCCAGUGUCUGUGUUUGUUCCCAUUCCUGUCCCCGGUGGUGUUUCUGUUCCCGUCCCAGUCACUGUAUUUGUUUCUGUCCCCGUCUCUGUCAUGGUUCCAGUUCCCCUGUCCAGUUUUUCUCAGCCCCCUGUCCAGUCUCAGCCCCCUGUCCAGUCUCAGCCCUGUGUUCUGUUCCCUGUCCAGUCUCAGUCCCCAGUCCAGUCGUUUGUUCAGUCUGAACCCCCUGUCCAGUCCCAGUCUCAGUUCCCUGCCCGGUCUACGUCUCCUGUCCAGUUUCCAUUUCCUGUCCAGUCCCCUAUCCCGUCUCCGUUCCAGGUCCUGUCCCCGUUUCGUGUCCAGUCUCAUGUCCAGUCUCAGCCCCUGUUCGGUCGUUAGUCCCGUCUAUGUUCCCUUCCUCUGUUCCCUCUCUCUCGGCGCCCCUGGUAGUGGCGCCGUUGAAGGGGGGUUAUGUUACACCCUAGCCUAAGUCUGUGUUAUGUUUCUCCCUCAUUUGUUCCCUAGUGCUCCUCCCCUCUGUUUUCCUGUCAUGUGUUCACAGCCACGUGUUUCUGUUGUGUAUCUGUCACGUCUUAGCCCUGCCCUAACCAUCAGUGUUCUCACCUGUGUCUUAUCUGUAGCCCUGCCCCCUCAUCAGCCCUGCCCAGGUGUUCCUCCUGUAUUUAAGCCCCUCUGUUUGUACGUGCUGUGUCGAGUCUUUUGUGUUUUCUAGUCUGUUAAUCUAACCUUGAAUCCUGUUUGUAGUGUUUAGCCUUAGUAGCCUAGCCUUGUAUCCUAGUGUUUGUAUCCCAGUCUUUACCCCAGUCUUAGCCUUCGUUUAUGUAUUUUGUUUUCUUUUC